AUGGAUCCCCUGACUGUUAUCACGACCGCAGCCUCGGUUGUAGGGACCGCGAUCAAAAUCUCCAAAACUCUAUACGACACGGUCGAAGCGCUCAAGGACGCGCCCUCGGAUGUACGAGCUCUCUACGCCACCGUCGAAAGCGUCAAGAGCGCCGUAUCCCGCCUCGUGGCUCUCAUGAAUGAUGGUGACAAGUGCGUGUGGCCGGACAGCUGGCUUGACGACGUCAGUGCCGAUAUCGAGACCAUUGGUGCCGAGCUGGGCGAAGUGCAAAAGCUUGUCGAGGACUGGGAGGCUGAUAGAGGUGGGCGGAGAAAAGAUACUGGCACCGGCAGCAAUGCGAUGAGGGACGCGUGGAGGAACUGGAAGUGGCAUUUCAAUGCCGAGGAGAUACAGAGGUGUACAAAGAGACUCCGUGAUGCGAGGGACGAUCUUGGGCUACAGCUCAGUACCAUACAAGUAUCUACCACAACUCAGACAAGUCAGAAUGUCAUCGAGGUGAAAGACAUGUUGGGUUCUAUUGAGGCAAAGCUAGGCAGGAAUGUAGCAGCGUUCGACGGGCAGGCUAUCAACACAGGGCUCAACGCUUUUGCAGAGCAAAUCGAAAAUCUGCGCCAAGCUGUUCUCCGGCUAGAUGACAACCACGAACCGCUGUUGAGAAACGGGAAGGAAAUCCAGGCGUCGCAGAGUUUGGCCGACUCCGACGCCUGCAAAAUCUCGAAUAGACGCGAGAGCCUCGACUCUGCACACUCCGGUUCCUCGUCGCCGAUAUUGUCACCCCUGGCCGCACUGAAUAACCACGCGUUUUCGCAAAAUCAAAGCAUAACAGCUGUAUACUCGGCCUCGAAAGAGAGCCCAAUAAGCAUUGCUGCCCUCGGCUUGAAACUGAGCGCUAUGCAGCAAAAGCAUGACGAGUUGCUGAUACACUGGGACAAUGCUCUUGACCAUAUCGCACACUUGAAGAACGAAAUAGAUCGUCUUACGAGAGGGUCUAUGCCUAAUCCAGGCACGGGUUAUUUUUCCACAGACAUGACCGAAAAUGAUUUCGAGUCGGCCAAUCACAACGAGAUAAACUCACGCGAAGCUGUGAUUGAAGUGCUCAAGGCACAAAACGAGACGCUGCAGGAGAUGAUUAGCGAGCGCGUGAUUAUGUCAGGCUACCGGGACGACCAGAUUGAUGCGAGAAAGCUAGGGAAGCAGUUGCUCAAGAAGAGCGAGAGGGUCCAUCGACAGCAGGAAGAGAUUGACUUACUGACGUGGCGACUCCAGGGCGAGCAGAGCGCCCUUCGGGAGCAGUUGCAGGUCAACAAGAUCCUGGAAAACGAGGUCAAGCGGAUAAAGCACCAGGCGGAUAGCUUGAUCGGCAAGAGGGUCAGGCGUACUGGUCUACUCACGCCGAGUCCUCAGCGCAAUGAUAGGACCAGUGUCGAUGGCUCAGCUGAACGUGAUGGCUCUCGGCCAUGGACUCCAGCUUCUGAUAUACUUCGACCCUAUUCUCCAUCCUCGGGCUGCUCAGAAACGUCGUUGCCACAAAAGACGCCGUCGGUUCGUGGAUUUAGUUUUCUGGGUGUCAGAAAUAGAUCGACUCAAAUUUCGAGGUAG